AUGCAUGCAUGAGACCGAGAAGCUUACACAACUCUUCAGAGUCUCUCCGAAUUCUUUUACGUUGAUCAGUGUCUUCAGGUCUUCUUGCAAUUAAUUAAUUUAAUAUAAAUUAUGGGGAAACCAUUCCUGGUGCUUGUGCUAGCUAUCUUUCUGGGUCUCAUUUCAGAACCACACCUAUCGUUUGUGAAAGGAGAUGCAGCACUAAUAAAAGAUGUGUGUAGCAAAACCGCAAUACCAUUCUAUUGCAAGAAGUGCUACCAAGUAUUUGGACGAAGCUCCCACGAGGAUGUUAAAGCCCUUGGACGCACAGCCAUUGAAUGUAGUCAAACUGAGCUUGCCAUUUUCCAGUCCACUUUUGGAAACUUUUAUGAAACAAUCAACGACGCUGAAUUCAAGAGAGCCAGCGGGACUUGCUUAAGUAAUCUGGUGACUGUGGGAAAUCAUAUGAAAAGCGCACUUCAGAGCUGGCAGGGAGCACGUUAUGCCGACUCUGCCAAUCAGAUGUUGACUGCUCAGAAGCUCACACAUCAGCACUGCGGUUAUCAGUUCAUCACCGCCAAACUCACCCUCCCUCUCGCAAAGCAGUUGGAUACCCUAAUGGGUUUCUCUGAGGUAUCCAACGGCGUUCUCAAACAAAUUCACUGAUCAUCAUCAUCAUCAUCAAUCGUACCUGUUAUAUAUAUAUAUAUAUAUAUAUAUAUAUAUAUAUAUAGUCCCACCCUGAUGAUCUAUAAUAAAUAUCAUCAUUAUGUAUUAUAGAUUAAUGUACGCUAGCUAGCUAGCUAGCUGUAUGAACAACAUUAAUUGAAACUGCAUGCAUUUUGAUUCAUCA